AUGAUCGCAGACUAUGGGAGGUUUAAGAAGCUGAAAUCGGACGGAGCGGAGCGGAGUUCCCCGGCACUGUCUCCCGGCCCGGCCCUGCCCGGCCCUGCCCGGCCCUGCCCGGCCCGGCCUGUGCGGGACUACCCGGAGAGACUGGGCCUGGAGCGGCUGAGACUCGGUCCUGGACCCGGCGGCUGCGGGAAGCUGCAUAGGGAGGGGGAGAGGUGGGAUGGGAGGGGGAGUGUGGUGGAGGGAGGGAGCGGUGGGGAGGGGGAGUGGGGCAGUAGGAAGAGGAGGGGCGGCAGGACUCCCCCUCACCUGUACUGCUCGCUCCAUGAGGAGGAACUGAAGCUGUUCUGUGAGACGGACAGGAAGCUGAUCUGUGGGAUCUGCCGGGACAGCCGGGAGCACAAGUAUCACCAGUACCUCCCGGUCAACGAAGCACUGGAGAUAUACAAGGAUAAGCUGAAGUCUUCCCUGGAGUCAGCCAGUCGGAGGAAGGCCGCCAUGCUGAAGGCCAAGUUCCAGCAGAAGCAGAAGAUGUCCGAAGUGCAGGAGCAGUCGCACAGUCUGCAGAGCCACAUCAGGUUCGAGUUUGCAAGGAUGUACCGCUUCCUGAACGAGAAGGAGCAGCAGCUGAGCCAUGAUCUCCGGGACAUGGAGGGCCAGAUACUGGGAGAGAUGGAGGAGAACCUGCAGCGGAUUCAGGACACGCUGGACUCUAUCGAGCGGUUACUGGGACAGCUGCAGACCCACAUCAACCAACAAGACGUGAUGGCUUUACUCAAGGAGGAAAGCAUUUGGAACAGGAGGUUCAGUGACAAGCACAGUUCACUGGAAGUGGUGAACCUGGACCUACCCCUGGGGAUAUUCAAAGGGCCUUUGCAAUACACAGCAUGGCGUGAGAUGUUGGAGGCGAUCAGUCCAGCGCCGGCCCCGCUGACCCUGAACCCCGACACGGCCAAUCCCUGGCUCGUGCUGUCCGAGGAUCUGCGCAGUGUGAAGAUGGGAAACCAGCAGCAGACGUUGCCAGAGUUGCCGGCGAGGUUCGAUCGGUGCGCCUGUGUCCUGGGGGCGGAGGGAUUCACCACGGGACGCCACUACUGGGAGGUGAAGGUGGGGCAGAAGACUGAGUGGGACCUAGGGGUGGCCAGGAAAUCCUGUGAAAGGAAGGGACGAAUCCAGCGCCAUCCCAAGGACAGAUACUGGAGACUGAGUCUGAGGGGUCAGAGUGAGUACAGGAUUUUCACGGAGCCUCCCACCUCCCUCAGCCUGGCCCAGAGCCCCCGGACAGUGGGCGUGUACCUGGACUACGAAGGGGGGCAGGUGUCGUUCUACGACGCGGACAGAAUGGUGCACCUCUACACCUUCACUGACACCUUCACCGAGAGGCUGUACCCCUACUACUGUCCCUGCCUCAGUGACGGGGGCAGGAACUCAGAGGCCCUGAAGAUCUGCUGGUUGAACAGCCCGACUUGUCGUAAAGUGCCUGGGGCAUCAACUCGGCCCAGGCUGAACUCGGACACCUCUUCUGCUGUGUACCUGCACUACCAAUAGCUCACCACUGUGAGAUCGACGCACUGAUUUUUGGCUCAAAUGCCCUAUGCAAUGGUGGGUGUGGGGAGGGGGGGAUUGAUGUACUUAGAAUGAUGAGCUGAUCACACAGUCACACGUAGAAACACACCCUGCAGCCCAACUCAUCCAUGCCGACCAAGAUGCCCAUCUAAGCCAGUCCCAUUUGCCCAUGUUUGACCCAUAUCCCUCCAAACCUUUCCGAUCCAUGUGCCUUUUAAGCGUUCCUUCCUCUGGCAGCUCGUUCCAUAAUACACACCACCCUGUGUGUGAAAAAGUUGCCCCUCAGGUCUCCUUUAAAUAUCUCCCCUCUCACCUUAAACAUGUUCUCUGGCUUCCCAACCCUGGGGAAAAGACUGUGCAUUUACCCUGUCUAUGCCCCUCAGGAUUCCUUACACCUCUACAAGAUCUCUCAGUCUCCAAGGGAUAAAGUCCUAGCCUGCCCAACCUCUGUCUACAAACUCAGUCCCUCGAGUCCUGGCCACAUCAUCAGCUGGCGGGACAAUAUAUGGAUAACCUUCAGACACACAAGGGUGUGUUUAUGAUGCAGAUUUCCAAGGGAUGUCUUCAGGAGUCCAGAUGCCAGUGACACAAAUUAACUCUGCACAGGGGGCUGCUUUGAUUCACCAGUCCAUUUAAAACCGGCAGCCUUGUGGGGCCACAGUAAAGCCCUGUGUACCGUUCUGCUCAACACUGCAAGAGAGGUGUGACAGGACCAGAGGGGGUG